UCCUGGCAGCUCCCGCGCCAGGACUUUGUUGAAUGAAUGACUGAACUGAGCGGGCGCCGCGGGGCGUGGCGUCCCGAAGCGGACCUCAAGGCGGGCGGAGGCGAGAGCUCCGCCCCGGAAGGCGGGGGCGGGGGCGGGGCGGCGGCGGUGGGUCCCUGCCGGCCGGCGGCGGGCGCAGACAGCGGCGGGCGCGGGACGUGCACCAUGGCUCGGGGCUCGCUGCGCCGGUUGCUGCGGCUCCUCGUGCUGGGGCUCUGGCUGGCGUUGCUGCGCUCCGUGGCCGGGGAGCAAGCGCCAGGCACCGCCCCCUGCUCCCGCGGCAGCUCCUGGAGCGCGGACCUGGACAAAUGCAUGGACUGCGCGUCUUGCAGGGCGCGACCGCACAGCGACUUCUGCCUGGGCUGCGCUGCGGCACCUCCCGCCCCCUUCCGGCUGCUUUGGCCCAUCCUUGGGGGCGCUCUGAGCCUGACCUUCGUGCUGGGGCUGCUUUCUGGCUUUCUGGUCUGGAGACGAUGCCGCAGGAGAGAGAAGUUCACCACCCCCAUAGAGGAGACCGGCGGAGAGGGCUGCCCAGCUGUGGCGCUGAUCCAGUGACAAUGUGCCCCCUGCCAGCCGGGGCUCGCCCACUCAUCAUUCAUUCAUCCAUUCUAGAGCCAGUCUCUGCCUCCCAGACGCGGCAGGAGCCAAGCUCCUCCAACCACAAGGGGGGGUGGGGGGCGGUGAAUCACCUCUGAGGCCUGGGCCCAGGGUUCAGGGGAACCUUCCAAGGUGUCUGGUUGCCCUGCCUCUGGCCCCAGAACAGAAAGGGAGCCUCACGCUGGCUCACACAAAACAGCUGACACUGACUAAGGAACUGCAGCAUUUGCACAGGGGAGGGGGGUGCCCUCCUUCCUAGAGGCCCUGGGGGCCAGGCUGACUUGGGGGGCAGACUUGACACUAGGCCCCACUCACUCAGAUGUCCUGAAAUUCCACCACGGGGGUCACCCUGGGGGGUUAGGGACCUAUUUUUAACACUAGGGGGCUGGCCCACUAGGAGGGCUGGCCCUAAGAUACAGACCCCCCCAACUCCCUAAAGAGGGGAGGAGAUAUUUAUUUUGGGGAGAGUUUGGAAGGGAGGGAGAAUUUAUUAAUAAAAGAAUCUUUAACUUUAAA